UUGGCAACCUAAUUUUCACUUUUCCCAACCACAAUUGUUUAUUUCUUCAUUUUCUUUUCUACCGGAUUCCAACUAUUUUCUUAACCAAAAUACAUAAUAUCUAUGCUUUUUAAUUACUAAUAAUUAAUGGAGUAAUAUUUUAUGUAUUUUAUUUCUUCAUUUUGUUUUUUAAUAAUCACAAUUUGGACAGUCACAGGAAAGUUGGGAACCCAAAUUAGCUUUAACUCCCAAAACCCGAAAAUUUCCCCAUUUUCCCCCUACAAACACUGAGCAAAGAUUCAAUCUUCUGUUAUCAAACUCACUAUUUAUCACAAAAAAUCAGCAAUUUUUAUUUUUAUUUUUUCGAAAUAUUUGAUCAUCAGUCAUCACCAUUAAAGCUCAGUCUUUGCUUUACCGUACUUUAUAAUAUCUACAAAUUUCAAAUGAACAGUCUGAGUGUUUUUUUAGUUUGAUCUUUCUUCACUCUCGUUGUCCCUUUUUUUUAAAGUUCUGUUAGAAAUUAAAGUACUUCUCAAGCAUUGAAGUUGGAGCUCUCCUUGGUUUCUUUUUCUGGGUUUUGAGUUUUUGGUGUGUGGAGCUUGGAGUUUUUAGGUGUUAGGAAAAUCAUGUGUUUUUGGUGAAAAAGUUGGUAGAAAUUGUUUGGGGGUGUUGGAAAUGGAAGGUAGUAGUGGGGUAACAGUGGUGGGAUCAGAUGCUCCGUCGGAUUAUCAUGUAGCUCCGAGGACUGAAAACCCUAGCCUAGUCAGUGGAUCAACACAGCCAGUAACACUCCAAAUGGUUGCCUCUACGCAGCCGGCCACGGCGGGUGGAGUGGUGGUGGGGAAGGUGAAGAAGAAGAGAGGUAGGCCGAGGAAGUACGGACCGGAUGGGUCUGUGACUAUGCCGCUCUCGCCGACUCCAAUAUCGUCUUCAGCUCCACCUCCAGUGAUCGACUUCUCGGCCGGAAAGAGGGGAAAAGUCCGGCCAGUUGGUUCAGCUAGCAAGUCAGUACCCAAGAUGGAGAUGGAGAGUUUAGGAGAAUGGGUUUCAUGCUCUGUUGGUGCUAAUUUUACACCCCAUAUCAUCACUGUUAAUGCUGGAGAGGAUGUCACCAUGAAGGUCAUAUCAUUUUCUCAACAAGGGCCUCGGGCAAUAUGCAUUCUCUCUGCAAAUGGCGUGAUUUCAAGUGUGACACUCCGUCAACCUGAUUCUUCUGGGGGCACAUUGACAUAUGAGGGUCGAUUUGAGAUACUCUCAUUGACAGGAUCAUUUAUGCCAUCAGAAAGUGGAGGAAUAAGGAACAGAUCUGGUGGGAUGAGUGUCUCUUUAGCAAGCCCAGAUGGACGUGUUGUGGGGGGUGGAGUUGCUGGUCUAUUAGUUGCUGCUAGUCCUGUGCAGGUCGUUGUAGGCAGUUUUUUGACGGGGAACCAGCAUGAGCAGAAGACCAAGAAACAGAAAACAGAGGUCAUAACGACUGCCACACCUACCUCUGCCAUUCCUAUUUCUAGCGCAGGGAUGGAAGAGCCAUAUGGUGGGCAGGUGCAGCACAUUUCAGCUGCCCCAAAAACAAAUCUUUCAUCGACAUCUUCCUUCCGUGGAGACACCUGGUCUUCAUUGCCCUCAGAAUCGAGAAAUAAGCCGACUGACAUUAAUUUAACUCUGCCUGCAUAGUUAUCUAAAGGACCUUGGCCCAUUCUGCAACAUGAGGUUUGUUACUACUGGCCACAUUGGCACAAGACUUCUAUUGAUGUAUCUCACCUCCCCAUCUUUGUUUGUCUGUUGCGUUGUAUCGGCAUGUUGAUUUCCGGCUGGAUUCUGUAGUUUAGUUAGUGCAUUUGAUGAGUUUCUUUAGCUUCUGUUGCCUUGUAGAAUACUUUGGUGUAUAAUUCACCUGUCUGGAUAUGACUUCCAUCGGAGUUAUGCAUUAUAAUUUAAGCAUUUGGCGUG